CACAAUUGUCACAGCUCUCUACAAUAACUUUUUCAACUCAAUUACAUCAAUUUCUCUCCUCACGAUUCCUUACUCGUUCAAUCUUUACCCCACGAACUUGAAUCGUCUUUUGCGUUCUAAAUAAAUUCCCUUUAUACCUUAAAUUGCGACCGUUUUAAUUGUCACUCGCUUUGUAAUUGUCAUUCAAUCUCGCAAUGAAGAGACGUGCGGACUCACCCGCUGAGGGUGACCCAGGUGUCACCAAAGCUCGCAGACUUGAUCUUAUUCAAUACGGUCUCAGCACCCAACUCUUCAACGAUUUCAAUUCUAACGUUAUAAGCAACACUGGAGGUGACGCGACAGACCAGAACGAGACAGCCAAGAACGACGCAGACCAGAACGACGCAGGUCAGAACGAGGCGUUCCAGAACGAGACGGGCCAGAACGAGACAGGCCAGAACGAGACCAACCAAUCGCAGAGCUACCGCCCCGAGAGCUACCGCAGCCGAAGCUACCACAACCAGAGCUCCCACGACGAUGGUGAUUUCGAGGAUGGUGAUUCUGACAAUGAUGUGUCGAACGUUGGAACACCGAUUGAUGUAGCUACACCAUUGACGGAAGCUACUACCUAUGCUCCCACUCCCGCCCCCGUUCCCGCUCCAGCUCUCACCCCGGCUGCGCCUAAAACUACGAGCGGUCGCAAGCAAUAUCCUUCCGACUUAAAGACACGCAUUUGCCACAUCUGCAAUCUGGCAUUCAAUCGCCCGUGCCGUCUUGAAGGGCAUAUGCGCACCCACACCGGUGAACGCCCCUUCAAGUGCGACGAAUGCGGCAGUCACUUCGCCACCAAGAAGAGCCGCCAUGAUCACAUGAAGAGCCAUGACGGCAUUCGUGACCAUGUGUGUACUAUUCAAGGUUGCGGAAAGGCGUUUGCUGUUCGAGCAAAGCUCAUGCGACACUUGAAAUCGCAUGAGAAGAAGAAGCCGCUUACUUGUGUGCCUUGCAACAUGACAUUCCGCAAGCCAGAAACCCUUGAUCGUCACAUGCGCACAAUCCACCAUAAUGCGGCUGGAUACGCUUGUGAUGGCCUUGAUGAGUCCGGCUUGCUCUGUCAGGCGUCGUUCGAUAACGCCGCAUCUCUUAGACGCCACAAGGAGCGACAGCACGGUCUAAUCAAGUUUUGGUGCGAUGAAUGCCAGCAGGGCGGGAACAACAUCGGCUUCCCCACAGUAGCUCAAUUGGAUGAGCACAUCAAGAAAAACCACCACAAGCACAAAUGCACUUUUUGUGGUUUUCAAUGCAACCUCAAGCUUGAACUUGAUCAACACGUCGAAUCUCAACACAACGAACCUAAGAAGAGUGUUGAGCAACGCAAGAUCAUCUCUUGUACCUGGCCUGGCUGCACAAAGUUGUUUACUAAGAAGUCCAACAUGGAUGCACACGUCAAAGCUUAUCAUCAAGGCACGCGCUUUGUUUGCGGCGAGUUCGAUGUGAGCGGCACCAAUGACUUGGCUGCUUGGAACGGUGGUUGCGGCUUGGGCUUUACUACUAAGGGCAAUCUCGAGAAGCAUAUUCGCCAUGUUCAUCUGAAGCUCCCGCGACCCGAGCAAGCCCAGGGACAAGCGAAGACUAAGGAAUCCUCGACCAACCUUCUCGGACAACUUGCCGGUGUGGAUGACGGAGCCCGACAGACGCUUCGAUGCCUCCUUACUGGUUGCGAUGCCACGUUUGUUCAUAUUGGCGAGCUUCAAGAGCAUCUCCGAGUCGAUCACGAUCUUGCUCAGCAUUGGAUGGCUGCUCCCGAGACAAUGCCACAGCUACCGGUCGCACCCAACGACAACAUAAUGCCACAGCAACCAGUCGCAUCCUACACCUACCCCGACCCUACUCUACAGCAGACGUCUAUGCCGUACGGCAAUGUGAACUUGGCGGGCUACGGCCAAGGCGAUGGAUCCUUCGUCCUUGGACAAGCCAACUCUGGCAUGGGUCUUUUGGGAGGACAAGCACUUAGUGGUGAGAUGCCCAAUGGCAUCAACAACUUUACUCAGCCCAACCCCUACGGCGAUCUCUCUGCCUUCUCUGACCACUUCAAUUUCUUGGCUGAAAGCGCCGCCCAGAAUAUGGGCCAGGGACAGAGCAAUCUCCAGGCCGAGAAUUUGGUGGCUUCUCAGUAGGACCUGAGCGGUUUUCAAUUCAUGAGUCAGGAAAGCUUCGAGAAAGAGGUCGAAGCAGCCGACUUCCAGCUUCGAGAACAGUACCAGCCGGACGCAGACGCCUCCUUGCAUUUUCCAGCCGAGGAACAAGCAGAUACCGCUACCGGGUCUAACCUUCAGGAUCAAGCCAAGGUGGAACCAUCAACUGGCCUCUCUCCUCACGGUCAGAAAAGCGACCUGCUCGAAGACCAGUCUCUUCCACAGCCCGGCCCAGUUUACGAUCUUACAGAAGAUGACGUAGCCUUCCACGCGCUCUGCACCGACCAG